AUGCGCGCGACUUUCAUGACAGCGUGUAAGAUAACCUCACAAAGCAAGCGACGCUGUUUUGUUUGUAAAAUUUUAGUCAAGAAUUUGGAGAAAGAACAAAGUAUCAUGGUUCAAGUGACUGUAAAGGAAAGACAGCAGUUGAUAGAAAAAGCUUCUAAUGCAAAGGAUCCUCUGGAGAGCCUCCAGGAGAUGUUUGUGUACACAAAAGAUGAUUUUCGUGUACGGCUAAAGUCUUGGAGGAAAGCUGAUAUCCCACAGAAAACACUUAAGUGGGCCAUAAAGCUGGCUGAAAGGAAUGUGGGACCAUUCUACAGCACCUGCUCUCUCGGAUGGCAGCCAAAAAUCAAGCAGGCUGAUAUGAACAAACACUGGGCGAGGUAUUUGGUUGCGUACACAGAAGAUACAAAUAUUCCGGUAGCUUACUGCAUGUUCCGGUUCGAUGUGGACUAUGAGAGGAGUGUUUUGUAUUGUUAUGAGGCUCAAUUAGAGGAGAAUGCUCGACGUAAAGGAUUGGGCUCACACAUGAUGAAGAUUCUAGAAACUGCAGCUGCUCACUGGCACAUGGAAAAACUCGUGCUCACAGUGCUCAAGAACAAUCCCAGCGCAAUGGAUUUUUUCAGAAAAAUUGGAUACACCACUGACGAAACCUCUCCGGGGAGGGAGGAGAAUGCACCUUAUGAAAUCCUCAGUAAAGACAUUGCAGCAUAAAUUGCAAAAAAGCCAAUUUUGGAGUGUGA